AUGACACCUAACCAGCCUACCGUUGGGAAUACUAUAGUCAUCGAUAUGGAUCUUGUCCCUGGCACUGAUCUCAUGAGAGAGGGGGAAGGAGUUCAUCUGACAAACGCACCGAAUCAUCAAACUCAACUCAUUCCCCGCCCUUCAGACGACCCAAACGAUCCCUUAAACUGGUCUAGGCCGUGGAAGUUUCAAUUCCUUUUCUUAUUCGUCUCGGUGGAGUCGGCUCUCUCUAUGGGACCGAUGUUCCCACUCUUCGCUGCUGAAUUUCACCUCGACGACACGAAGUUGAGUUUGUUAACUGGUGCGUGUGUAUUGGCUCUGGGCUUUUCGAACUUCCUAAUUGUUCCCUGCUCAAAUAUAUUCGGUCGCCGUCUGACAAGUCUGGUGUUUUGUUUGUUGGGGAUCGCUUCUUGCAUUUGGCAAGCUCUGGCUACCUCAUAUAGCAGCUUACUUGCUGCACGCGUUGUCAAUGGAGUUGCGACGGCCACCAGUGAGACACUAUUGGUUCAGGUCGUUGGGGACAUGCUUUUUCUUCAUGAAAAGGGCCUUUGGACGGGCGUCUAUUUUAUGGGCUAUUUUCUCGGGCUGUUUAUCGGGCCAAUUGUCUCGGGGAAUAUCGCAGAACGAUAUGGCUGGCGUAGCUUCUUCUGGCUUUCUCUGGCGCUCACCUGCUUCAACUUCUUGACUCUCCUCACUUGCUUCCCCGAAACGCGGUUUCACAGAGACGUAGCGUCAAAACGCUCGGGGCGUUGUACAAAUUCAUACGGUUCAGAUUCUAAGAAAGAAAGUAAUCCAGAGGUUGGGUCAGAACAACUUGAGAACAUCGAACCGGUCACCACUGUCGGUACUGGUCGGCCCUCAAAAUCUCAGUUCAAACUCUGGAAGGCCCCAGAGACCGAAUGGAAAGCCUACCUUCUAAGGGAUAUUCUCUCCCCUUUUCGACUUUUUCUUUUUCCGAUUAUUCUUUGGGCAGCGUUAAAUGUCGCUGGUCCGGCAAACAUUCUCCUCUUCUGGAACCUCACUGAGUCCUCUGUUCUCAGUGUACCUCCAUACAAUUUCUCGCCAUCUAGCGUGGGAUAUGCAAACUUUGCUUUCGUUGUUGGAGGGCUGCUUGGUCUUGCUACUGCAGGCCCACUUUCAGACUGGAUUGCUGUGCGGGCUACAGAGCGCAAUAAUGGCAUUCGUGAAGCUGAAAUGCGUCUGCCUGCUUUGGUACCGUAUUUUCUCUUUACGAUUGUCGGGAUUGUGAUUGGGGGCAUGGGCUACGAUCGGCUUUGGCAUUGGCCUGUGGUCCUGGUCGUAGGCUAUGGGUUCAGUGGCCUUUGCGUGACGACUGUUCCCACUAUUGCCAUUGCCUAUGCUGUCGACUGCUACAAGCCCCUUUCAGGCGAGAUUAUGGUUGUUGCCACUGUAAUCAAGAAUACAUGUGGAUUUGCCAUGAGUUACUGGGUCAUGCCAAUGGCAGGCCGAAGAGGCUUUCUAGAGCCUGCCAUGGUAGAGUUUGCGUUGACGAUUGGACCGAUGAUGCUGGGACUACCGAUAUACUUCUUUGGAAAGCAUCUACGUAGGCUGACGAUGCAUUCUUCUGUACACUCAUAUGCCGGUUGA